AUGUUUGAAUGGAUUCGGCCAUCAGACUACAUAAAGUUUAUGGACGCGAAUUCCAAACUUCAGCUGAUUCUUGGAGCACCUACUUUAGCACAAGCUGCACCAGCCCUGGAGCUAUUCUGGAAGCGCUACGAAGCUGUCAACCCUUCGCAUCAAGUAUUUCAGAGAGCCAGGGAAGGCCGAUUGGUUUUGAACCAAACCCUCCCUUUCUAUUUCCAUGCUGACGAAGGGAGGACUCUGAAGAAGAAGCCGGUUUUUAUCAUCCAAUGGCAGCCAUGUUGCGGUAAAGGAGUCGGCCGAAAGAACAGUGAUGCUCUGAUCCAGGCUAAGCUUGAGGAGCUUCGCCUACAACCGAAUUUCAAGGGGCACACCUUCGUGACAAGGUUUUUGGCUGGCUUGCUGUUGGGUUCGAGCUACGCUGACAAGCCUCAAGUUCUCAGCGAUCUUAUUGAGCACAUUUGUUUGGAUAUGAGGGACCUUGGGGACAAUGGUAUUCAGCUGGCUCAGGGGCAUCUUUGGUUAUGCCCGAUUGGCAACAAAGGGGAUUGGAGCUACCUAGUCCAGGUGGCAAAUCUGACGCGAAGUUAUCGAAAUGCCCCGAAACGUGCCUCCUCGAAGGCGCCCGACAAGUGCAUUUGCCAUCUGUGUAUGGCCGGGGCACCAGCUUUCCCAUAUGAAGACAUGUUUUCGACCAUGUUCGAGGAGUUCAAGAAGUUCUGCAAGGCUAUCGGCGAACAGACCUACCUUCAGAAGUUUUCGCCUGAUACUGUCGGUUGCGCACAGUCGAUGCUGGAUGUGCCGGAUGGUCACUGGCACAAAGGAGGAGUCACCACAAAUCUUAUGCGGUUCAUCGACUAUUGGUGCGAGGACAACGAAGACCUGGGGGCCGAUGAUGAGAAUUUCCAACUCAUUGCAGGUGCGGCAAAGGCCGUGAAUGCAGCGCUGAGUGAAAUGUAUACAGGUGAUAUGUGGCUGUCACCGAUCGAAGCGACAAGGAUUGCCAACCGAGGCUUUUAUUUCCUUCGUGCAUAUGCCAAACUGGCAUACAACUACAACCGCUCUGGCUUCACACGCUUUCCCUUGUAUCCGAAAGCUCACAUGCUCUUCCACACAUUCUAUGGACUUCUAAUGAAGAUUUUGUGGGCCGUGUGGCUCGGAUCAGUCGUCGUUGCGGUACAAGGGAAGUUUUCUGUGUUGCGCUGGAGCUGUGUGGAUGGCGCUAUGAUUUCCACCAGCACUUGCAACAAGAUACCGCAGAAGCUGCAGUACCUCGGAGGCCGCGUCGGGUUUGUCGAUGGCUACACCUGGUCAGGUCCGCUGUGCAUGCUGCAAGCCACCCCUGCACUCGAAGCGCUCAGUGCCACCAGUGCCUUUCCGCACCUGCGGAGCCGCUGGCACCAAGCUUCCAGCCGGGCCUCAGGACCAUCUGCAUGCAACAGCCUCUGGCUUCUACAGCUUAGGGCGCCCGACGGCAGGCUUCGCCUCACGCCACUAGCGAAGCAGCUCCUCCGUAUGCAGCAAAAUCUUACCUCUGCUUCGGACUACACGUACUCGGCCACUGGUAAUCGCUGCGCUUUCCCCGACCCGCCUUGGACCAAGUAUCCUUUACGACCUUGCCUCCCGGAUUUUGAGAUUGGUUUCCUCUCAGGCCGCUAUGGAACGACGAUCAUGCAGAUGGACGCCGCCAUAUCCAACUUGAAACCAUGGCCCCAGCAUCUGAGUGCCCUCGCCCUUGUGAGUCCGGGUGCGACUGGCUGUGCUCUGUGUGCUUUCAGCCUGUACUUCCGACAUGCCACCCAAGAAGGCGAAGCGGAGGCGACACCACUCCCCGACGGCGGCUUCUGCGAGUUCGGCUCCUUCGGGGCGUGCGGAUGCGCCUACCAUGCGACCUAUGGGUCCGCCACCUCCACUGCCGGUCAACUUGCCGAAAUCGGCCAAAGCAGGGGGGAUGCCCAAAGCCGGAGCAGUUGCGACACCAGCAGCCAGGAGGCCACCAGCGUCGAGGCCACCAGCAACGAGCUCACUACCAGGUGCACCUUCCAGGACUCCGGCGCAAGCUCCCUCUCCGGCUGCUGUGGUCACUACCGGUACGACCAGAACCAUUGCAGUGCCACCGGGGCAGUGUUGUCACCAUUCCGCUGCCUCCAGCUGGCCUGCAAUAUGUCAUCUCCGUCAUGCUCCGCUUUCAUCCUCGCCAUCGCCGUCGCCGGCAAGCCGAGGACCAUGAGGUGUAUCAAGGAGGCCUUUGUGCACAUCGGGCUCAGCGAGCUCUUGGCGAGUGCUCUUGCUGGGCAGUUUUGUGGAGCAACCACACAGCCAAUAGUGCUCCUCUGGUCGGCUGCCGGACCUACGGUAGCCGUUUCUCCGGACAUCGGUGUGCCUGCCUGGCAGCGUGCUGGGGCCUUUGUUCUCCGGCAACAGAAGCGCCAGGCUCGACAGCGGUCCAGACCUGUGCCCGAAGAGCGCCCUCGUCUUCCCCUGGGUGAUGACUCUGACGAAGUGGCCUCCACCAUCAGAGCUGCUAUCAGAGCUGGGGACCCUGUGCCACUCCGCUGUCUUAACUACUACCGUGAAAGGGAUGCCCUGACUACAGACGAUGUUGCUUUUCUCCAGUACAUGACCUGGAGAACUCGUCCGCCGCCAAUGACGGUCUUCUUGAAGCACACCAUCAAGUCAGUCAGAGCAGGCCCCCUAGAGGUCCAAGAGCGCUCAUCGAAGCGCUUCUUCAACAUCCAGCUCCAGAAGGCACGGUCGACCAGCUCCCUGCACCAAUGGAGGCCGCUCCAGCGCUACCCGGGCUACCAGAAAGCAGCCGAAGAACAAGCAGCCGUCGGCUUCCCUCGACUGUCUUCUUCCACUGUCGUUCUGCGGGUGCGCUUAUGCUACGGGUUGGAGGCACUGGCAGUCGCCAUCCUGCUGAAGCCGUCCAACACGGACGACAUCCUCGCAUCUCUCUGGCAAAGCCAUGCGACUCCCUUGUCGCUUCUAUCCCCCGUCUUCCUCGAUCAUCCUUUGCCUCUUCAGUUCGAAAACGUGCUCUCCAAAAAGGGGCGGCUGCUCUAUGCUGCCAAGGCCCACUUGUUCAACGCGGGUCAGCACCUGGCCAUUGCAGUGAUUCAGGAGACACACUGGGCGUCCGACUUGACUUUCAAGAUGGAGGGCUGGCAAGCUCUUGCCUCGCCCAGCCAGGACCGCGUAUCUGGCAUUCUCGUGCUUGUGAAUCUCCGAUUCUUCCAUCGGGACCACAUACAGCUCACAUCCAUCAUUGAAGGCAGGCUGGUCCACCUACGCCUUGAAGGCGACCCAUCCCUGGAUGUGGUCAUUGUGUAUCAGUUUCUCUACUCCAGCACCAAAGCACUUCCUGGCGCAGCUGGCCUGGAACAGGCAGGCCAAGCAGCCACGCUCACCAUCAUUGUCAGAUUUCAGGCGCAUGCUCGGGUUUCCUUAGAGCACGCACAGCCAGAGGAUGUCUCUGACUGCCUCCUGCAGGCCUGGAAACAUACAGCACCCACUCCUCCCACUGCCGACCGGAUCCAUAGUCCGAAGACUCAGCUGAUCCUCCUCCGUCGUGAACGUAGUUCUUUUGUGCAGCAGCAGGCUCUCCUCGCCUCUCUGGUCUGGCCCAAGGAGGAGGAACUGAAAGAGGCCAGCAAGAACCUCAAACUGCUAUGUGCCCAAAACAAGCAGUUUAAAAUUCAGCAGAUCCUACAGGAGGCGGAGCAGGCUGCCCAAAAAGGUCUCACAGCCGUCUACCAGGUGGUGAAACGUCUUGCCCCCAAGACCUCUCACAAGCCGAUCCUUUUUCGAGACCCACAAGGCGUUCCCCUCACUACGACCCAGGAAGCGCAGGCCUUGCAAGAAUACUUCCGACGCCUCUAUCGCUCCUCCUCGCCGGAGCCUCAUGAGCCGGGUAACUCGUUCUCUCCUUUUGAUGUUGAGGAGCUUACCAAUGCCGUUGCGCAGCUUCCCUGUGGCAAAGCCCUACCGUCUUGGCUUGCACCGGCCCCGCUCUGGUCCCUCGCUGCUGAACAGGUGGCCACUGCCGGUCACCCCGCGCUGACCCCAUGGCUGAUGAACAUGGCUGCGCCCAUGCCGGGGCCUAUUGCCCUUCUUCAUCCGGUUUCAAAAUGUCUGGCGAAACUGACGGCUGGCCUUCUGCGCCCAACCGUGCAGCAUCUCGUCCAUGAGCCUGACGAUAUUCUUCGCAAUUUGCAGGACAUUGCGUUCAUCAUUGACACUUUAACCUCUCUUGGUAUGUCAGUGAGUGACUCCAAAACGGUCAUCCUUGAUGGUCUCCGGGGCCCUGCCAAGUCCAGACUCCUGCGUCCUCUUCUGCAGCGCCACAAGGACAAGGGUCCCUGUCUCCGUGUGAUGUGUGCUGCUGGCUUGCCCUUUCGCAAACAGCAUCCCUACUUGGGCAUAGUGCUCAGCUACGACUGCUUUGAGAAGCUAUCCCCCCAAGCCAGAAUCAAGCAAAGCUGGGCGAACUUCAGCCGCCUCUUCUCGUUGCUUCGUUCCAAGCACAUCCUGCCCAAGCAGCGCUUGCAGCUCUGGACUGCAUGUGUCUUCUCCACACUGAGGUAUGGCCUUACCAGUACCGGUCUCCCUCGAGGCCCAGACACUAUCCGCCAGAUCGUGGCCAAGCAGGUCCGCCCAGUCCUCAAGUCCCCCAGCUGGAUCACCCAGGAAACCACGUCGGAUCUUCACGCCAGGUUCCGCCUUCAGGACCCUAUCGUUCAGCUGGCUGCUCAACUGCAGGCACGUCAGACUCGUCCAUCAGUCUCCUUCCCUCGAUGUGGUCAUGUAGAUAUCUCGGGCACCAUUACGCGCGUAUUCACCUGCCCGCACUGCCCGCAAACUUUCCCUACCUUAAUUGCUCUUCGCACCCACUGCACCAAAUCGCAUGGCAAACCGUCCGCCCUGGACGAGACGCCUUCUGCGGAGGCCAAUGCUGCUGCGUUUGCCAAGACCACGCAGACCACCAACCCGAGCACGGCUGGCGCUCUUCUGGCCCCUCCCACUGAUGGGCCUGUCUCUCAACCGCGUCCUUCGCAGCAGGAGUUGCGUGCUAGGUUCAUGCAUUUCGCCAAGGACGGAAUGCCUCACUGCGCCCUGUGUGAUCGGAAGUUUGCUGCCUGGCCACCUUUCCUGAACCACCACUACACCCAUUCCUGCCCUGCUCAGGUUCAUGAUGCUGCUGCACCUGAUGCCUCCUCUUGUGCUUCGGCCGCGAAUCUGGAAGCUGAGCGCUCUGUCCCUGACACUGCACCAGCUCCACAGGCUGACCCCUCCUCCUCUUUGGCUCUGCCCUCAGAUGCGCUGCCGCUCCUUCACCGUCCCGAAAUACGUGCUCUAGCACUCCAGGAUGAUUGGCAGCCCCUGGCUCAACGCCUUCGCUCCAUACAUACCGACCACGGUCUGCGGCACUGCCCUGUUUGCCAUCAGUGGUUCGCCCGCACACAGGAUAUCUUUCGGCACUUGAAACGUCAGCACCCGCUACCUGUGCUUCAAGAAUCUAUGCGUGCUGACUGGCUCACAGCUCGUACGGCUGCUGCCCGCUCUCCCUGUAGCUGGUGCAGACUGACAGUGUGCAACAGACCAUCACCUUGCGCCUCCUUGUCCGUCAUGAGCUUGGCCUCCUCACAGGCUCUGGGCAGCGGCCUCUCUCUUCAGGAGGUCCAGAAACGGGAGGCCCAGGUCGAGUUGCAGCUCCUUCAGUGCUGGGGAGAGAGUCCGAUGGAUCUGGACGUGGCGAACAAGCGCCAAAACGAGACGGAGGACGUGGACCAGGAGAAGGAACGGGACACGAAGUGGCACCGGCCGGAAUCAAAGGGUGGUUUCGGCCGAGGCGGACGGGGGAAAGGCAAUCAGUCGGGCCACCCUCCCAAGAGCAACGGGCCUCGUCGACAGCCGUUUCGGCGAGCACCGGAGUCGGAGGCCAAAGCUCCAGAAGGUAUGAUGUGGCUGCUGGGCAAGCUCCUCUUGCGCCACGAGGAUCAGAUGGGCAUCGACCGCACUCAGAACGGAUUUGUCAUGUUCUUCAAGCGGGAGAGCGCUCUAUCCCUGGUUCCUCAGUUCGUGCAGAAGUCUCAGCACUGGCAUGCUCUGAAAGAGCAGAAGCAGGAGAAGAUGGACGAGAUUGCUCUCCCUCUGAGGACCUUCCUCUUCCACACUAUGUUGGAGGCCCUGGUGAAGCGCAUCAAGGAUACGGUGAAAAACGACGAGCAACUGAAGACUGCUACCAUCCUUCAGGUAUUCCUUCCGAAGGAGGGCGAGCUGGAGCUGCGCGUUCCCUUCUUGAGCUACAACCCAGAGACCAAAAAGCCUUUUUCCCUCUAUUCGGGCUUUCGAAAAGCAUCCGGGCUCUCGGCUUGGCCUUGGGCGUGCCAGUCACCGUCUCACCGUGACUCACUUGUGACUUGUCUUUGUACGGUGCUUUUGCGCUGA